ACACUCAAGUUUCUUGCUCUCACUCUCGUCGACUGCCCAUCAGUCUCCUCUCAUUGACUAACCAUCAGCCACCGUCACUCACCGUCUCAUCGCCAUGAUUAGUACACCGUCUCAAGCCCAUUGAUUUUGAAUCAAGUUUUUUCUAUUUGUCUCUCUCUGUCUCUCUUCGCCUGUAUCUCCAAUCAAUCUUCGCAUCAUAACCCCACAAUUCUUCAUCUUCUUCAUAUCGUUCAGCUCCAUACUCACUCAAAACUAGUUCAAUUUCUGGGUAUUCGAAAGAUACUUGGAUGGCUCAAACCUUCUAAAAUAUGAUCCAAUAGUAGUGGUUCAAGAGCCACAUGUUGGUUUAGAUUUGGGAAGAACGAUGUUGAUGCUGAAAGUGCUGGCAUUUAUGGUAGUCAAUCUCGUGACGAUUUCAACCGUGAUGAUGUUGAACAGGUUAUGCAUUUUUUCUCUGUGUAAAAUUUGACAUUAUUGGUCUCACUUUGUUUCUUGUUUGAUUGUCAAUUUGUCUUCUAGGGUUUGUGUUCAUUUUUUUUAAUUAGUUGAUUUUGAUUGUAGAACUUUGUUAAUUUAUAUGUAUGGUGGGUAGACCUUUUUUUGGAUUCUGAAUUUAGCUUUGAUUGUUUAAUUCUGUGAGAUAUAGGGGUGUGAUCCUACUUAAAAUUCUUAGUUCAUUUCUUUGACUUGGGUGUUUGGAAGUAGUUUCUUUGUUUACCUUUAACACACUUUACACUGGCGUAACUACAUAUUUUGGUGGCUAAGAUUGAUACAAUUGCAAUCAUUGCUAGAAUUGUAAAGCUCAUGCCAUCUAUCACUUGCUUGCUCCCCCUCCUUUUCUUUUGUGUUUUUGAAUAUCUUUUUGUCACCUUGGAUCACUUUAUUAGUGGUAAUUAUUUUUUCCCCUGACUAUGAAUCUAGGUUUGGCAUAUAUUUAGCUUCUACUUAUUGUUUUGUUCAAGAUUCAAUGUUUUACUCUUAUUGAUUUUUUGGCGUUGCUGGAAAUGUUGAAGGAUGCAAUGAGAACUAAGACAUACCAAAAUGUUAUUUAUAAAAAUAAUUUCUUGUUCAAGGACAAAAUAGUCCUUGAUGUAGGUGCCGAUACUGGAAUUUUGUCACUCUUUUGUGCAAAAGCAAGGGCAAAACAUGGCACAAGAGAUUGUAAAGUAAACGGCUUUUCAGAUGUUAUCACAGUUUUGAAUGGAAAAGUUGAGGAAAUUGAAGUUCCAGUUGCUCAAGUGGAUAUCAUUAUUUCAGAGUGAAUGGGAUAUUUUUAUUGUUUGAGAAUAUGUUAAAUACAGUCCUCUAUUCUCGUGAUAAGUGGCUUGUAAGUUACACUGCCCCUUUUUCUUUCUGAAUAACCACUUUGAUGUUUUUGCUAAUUUGGAUGUAUUAGUGCAAUGUUUGGUGGUGGAGUUAGUUUGUUUUUCUAUUUUUUUGGUUUUGUUUUGUGUUUUUAUUUUUUAUUUAUUUUAUCAUGGCAGAUGUUAUUGGAGUUUAAUUGGUCUUAUCAACUUGAAUUUAUUAUAAUUUGUUAGUCUUUAUAUUCUGAAAGUUCAACUCUUUGACUGGAUCAGAUGCCUUUUCUGGGAUUUUCAGUGCUUUUGUUUAGAAACUUUAUGGUGGUGGAAGCAAAUUGAUUAAUUUAAUUUUUCUUGGAUUUAUAUACUCAUAAAAGUUUCUAUUUGCUUAUAAUGGGUUUUCUAGUUAAAGUCAUUAUAUUCUAAGAGGUCUAUCUUGAGUUGGGUUGUAAUUUUUUUAAGUUACAAUUUGAUUCGUUUGUUUAGGAAUUUUGUCUUGUUGGAGUUAAGUCUUAAAUAGAUUCUACAUCAAGUGGGAAAAUUUAUUUUUUACUCUUUUUGUUCUUCUUUGGGGUUGUCUAGCAUCUUCAUAAUGGAUAUUGGACGUGAAAUGAGAUUUACGCAAGUCCUCAAUUGUUUUGGCCAAUAGUAGUAGAGUUCAAUGUUAGUUUUGUCUUGGUUAAUGAUCGAUUGUGGAACAAUGGAAUUGGCUUGAUUUGAGUGUGGUUUUUGGAUGAACCGUUUUUUAGCAUGGCAUUUUUUCUCUUCCUCUUCGAUUUCAUUUGGUUAUGCCUCUAAACUUCUAUCUCUUUCUUUUCUACGUUCUUCUUCUAUUUUUUAUAUUUUUCCUUUUCUAGGUGGCUAUUUGUCACUAAAGAUGACAUCAAAGGCUUACCUUGCUUCCAGGAAAAGAACAAAAUUCUAUGUGGAAAUUAUGCCAAGUAGUGUUGCGAAAAGGUCGAAUUUGGUGUGGAUCAGGUAUAACUCACAUAUAUGUUGUUCUGUUGGCUCUAUCCAGAUGAAGAAUGGGAAGGAGUUUCUUCUUACAGAUUCUGUUGGAUUUAUUCAAAAGUUACCAACUACAAUGAUUGAUAAAGCCAGUGAUCCUCUGAAAAUCAAAUUGGAAGCAGAGAAAAGAAAAGACGCAGUAUGCAUCUCUGCCAUAAAUGGUAAUGGAUUAGAUGAAUUCUGCAGUGCAGUUCAGGAAAAACUUAAGGUAGUUGAUGUUAAUUUUUUCAGUGUCCUUCAGAAUAGUUGUUUCUGUUGGUUUAUUUUUCACAUGUGUUGUGUUGCAUGGAAACUCUGUAAAUUAGGAAUUUGAUGCAGGAUUCAUUCCAAUGAUUGGAAAAAUCUGUAUUUACAACGCAAAUGUAUUGCUUUUGGUAUAUGCUUUACUAUAGCUAUGUUUUUAGGAGUGCAGUUAUCUA